AUGCUAAAAAGGAAACAAAGUUCAAGGGUGGAAGCCCAGCCAGUUACAGAUUUUGGUCCCGAUGAAUCUUUGUCAGACAAUGCAGAUAUUCUGUGGAUUAACAAACCAUGGGUACACUCUUUACUACGAAUCUGUGCCAUCAUCAGUGUUAUUUCUGUUUGUAUGAACACUCCAAAGACCUUUGAGCAUUAUCCUCCUCUCCAAUAUGUGACAUUUGCUCUUGAUACUCUGUUGAUGUUUCUUUACACCGCAGAGAUGAUAGCAAAAAUGCAUAUCCGUGGGAUAGUUAAGGGUGAUACCUCCUAUGUAAAGGAUCGUUGGUGUGUGUUUGAUGGAUUCAUGGUCUUUUGUCUUUGGGUGUCACUGGUUUUACAGGUAUUUGAAAUUGCUGAAAUAGUUGACCAGAUGUCACCUUGGGGCAUGUUACGGAUUCCACGACCACUCAUUAUGAUUCGAGCAUUCCGGAUAUAUUUUCGUUUUGAGCUGCCAAGAACUAGGAUAACAAAUAUCUUGAAGCGUUCUGGAGAGCAAAUCUGGAGCGUUUCAAUUUUCCUUCUGUUCUUUCUCCUCCUGUAUGGGAUCCUGGGAGUGCAGAUGUUUGGAACUUUUACAUACCAUUGCGUGACCGACGACACGCAGCCAGGAAAUGUAACCUGGAAUAAUUUAGCUAUCCCAGACACCCACUGUUCCAGAGAGCUAGAAGAAGGUUACCAGUGCCCACCUGGAUUUAAAUGCAUGGACCUUGAAGAUCUGGGACUAAGCAGGCAAGAGCUGGGCUACAGUGGCUUUAAUGAGAUAGGCACAAGCAUAUUUACUGUUUAUGAAGCUGCUUCUCAGGAAGGCUGGGUGUUCCUUAUGUACCGAGCAAUUGACAGCUUUCCCCGAUGGCGUUCAUAUUUCUAUUUCAUCACCCUAAUUUUCUUUCUGGCCUGGCUUGUUAAGAAUGUUUUCAUCGCGGUCAUCAUUGAAACGUUUGCAGAAAUUAGAGUGCAGUUCCAGCAGAUGUGGGGGUCCAGGAGCAGUACUACUUCAACUGCUACCACCCAGAUGUUUCAUGAAGAUGCUGCUGGAGGUUGGCAGCUUGUGGCUGUUGAUGUGAAUAAACCCCAGGGCAGGGCUCCUGCAUGUCUACAGAAAAUGAUGAGGUCAUCCGUGUUUCAUAUGUUCAUACUAAGCAUGGUGGCUGUUGAUGUGAUUGUUGCUGCUAGUAACUACUACAAAGGAGAACAUUUUAAGAGACAAUAUGACGAAUUUUAUCUAGCUGAGGUUGCUUUUACAGUUCUGUUUGAUUUAGAAGCUCUCCUGAAGAUCUGGUGUUUGGGUUUCACAGGAUACAUCAGCUCAUCUCUUCACAAGUUUGAGUUGCUGCUUGUAAUUGGAACCACUCUUCAUAUUUAUCCAGACCUCUAUCACUCUCAGUUUACAUAUUUUCAGGUUCUUAGAGUAGUUCGGCUGAUCAAGAUUUCUCCUGCUUUGGAGGAUUUUGUGUAUAAGAUAUUUGGACCAGGAAAAAAACUUGGGAGUUUGGUGGUAUUUACUGCCAGCCUUUUAAUCGUAAUGUCAGCUAUCAGUUUACAGAUGUUUUGCUUUGUGGAAGAACUGGAUAGAUUUACAACCUUUCCACGGGCGUUCAUGUCAAUGUUUCAGAUUCUCACACAGGAAGGAUGGGUGGAUGUCAUGGAUCAGACACUGAAUGCUGUAGGACAUAUGUGGGCACCAGUAGUUGCCAUUUAUUUUAUACUAUAUCAUCUUUUUGCUACUCUGAUUCUACUCAGCUUGUUUGUUGCUGUUAUUCUGGACAACCUGGAACUUGAUGAAGAUCUGAAGAAACUUAAACAACUAAAGCAAAGUGAAGCAAAUGCAGAUACAAAGGAGAAGCUUCCAUUGCGUCUACGCAUCUUUGAAAAAUUUCCAAACAGGCCACAAAUGGUGAAAAUCUCCAAGCUUCCUUCAGAUUUCACAGUUCCAAAAAUAAGGGAAAGUUUUAUGAAGCAGUUUAUUGAUCGCCAGCAACAAGAUACCAGCUGUUUGCUGCGAAGACUUCCUUCAGCGUCUUCUUCCUCAUGUGACCACUCUAAAAGAUCAGCAAUUGAAGAAAACAAAUAUAUUGAUCAAAAGCUCCGUAAAUCUGUUUUCAGCAUCAGAGCAAGAAACCUUCUGGAAAAAGAGACAGCAAUCAAUAAAAUUCUAAGGGCCUGCACUAGACAACGCAUGCUGAGCGGAUCCUUUGAGGGGCAGCCUGCAAAGGAAAGGUCAAUACUGAGUGUCCAGCAUCAUAUACGACAAGAACGCAGGUCACUGAGACAUGGUUCCAAUAGCCAGCGAAUCAGCAGAGGAAAAUCUCUUGAAACAUUGACUCAAGAUCACUCCAACACAGUGAGAUACAGAAAUGCACAGAGAGAAGACAGUGAGAUAAAGAUGAUCCAAGAAAAAAAAGAACAAGCUGAAAUGAAAAGGAAAGUCCAAGAGGAGGAGCUGCGAGAGAAUCAUCCAUAUUUUGAUAAACCACUUUUCAUAGUUGGUCGUGAGCACAGAUUCAGGAAUUUCUGCCGAGUGGUGGUACGAGCUCGCUUUAAUGCUUCUAAAACAGAUCCUGUUACUGGAGCUGUGAAAAAUACCAAAUACCAUCAGCUUUAUGACUUGCUGGGUUUGGUUACUUACUUGGACUGGGUCAUGAUCAUUGUUACUAUAUGCUCCUGCAUUUCCAUGAUGUUCGAAUCCCCCUUUAGAAGAGUUAUGCAUGCUCCAACACUCCAGAUUGCUGAAUAUGUUUUUGUAAUAUUCAUGAGCAUUGAGCUUAAUCUGAAGAUUAUGGCAGAUGGCUUGUUUUUCACACCAACAGCUGUCAUUAGGGACUUCGGAGGAGUUAUGGACAUAUUUAUAUAUCUUGUAAGUUUGAUAUUCCUGUGCUGGAUGCCUCAGAAUGUCCCUGCCAAAUCGGGAGCUCAGCUCUUAAUGGUACUCCGCUGCCUCCGACCUCUUCGAAUUUUCAAACUGGUCCCUCAGAUGAGGAAAGUGGUGCGAGAGCUGUUUAGUGGCUUUAAGGAAAUCUUUUUGGUUUCUAUUCUUUUGCUGACAUUAAUGCUUGUUUUCGCAAGCUUUGGAGUGCAGCUGUUUGCUGGAAAACUGGCUAAAUGCAAUGAUCCGCACAUCAUCUCUAGGGAAGAUUGUCAUGGCAUCUUCAGAAUAAAUGUAAGUGUUUCCAAAAAUCUCAAUCUAAAGCUAAGACCUGGAGAGAAAAAGCCUGGAUUUUGGGUGCCACGAGUCUGGGCAAAUCCUCGGAAUUUUAAUUUUGACAAUGUGGGGAACGCAAUGCUGGCACUAUUCGAAGUUCUUUCAUUAAAAGGCUGGGUGGAAGUCAGAGAUGUUAUUAUUCAUCGUGUUGGGCCGAUUCAUGGAAUCUACAUUCAUGUUUUUGUAUUCCUUGGCUGCAUGAUUGGACUGACCCUUUUCGUUGGAGUUGUCAUCGCUAAUUUCAAUGAAAACAAGGGGACAGCUUUACUGACUGUAGAUCAGAGACGAUGGGAAGAUCUGAAAAGCAGACUGAAGAUAGCACAACCUCUUCAUCUCCCACCUCGUCCGGAUAACGAUGGCUUUAGAGCUAAGAUGUACGAUAUAACUCAGCAUCCAUUUUUUAAGAGAACUAUUGCUGUACUUGUUCUGGCCCAGUCUGUGUUGUUAUCAGUUAAGUGGGAUGCUGCAGAUCCGGUGACUGUGCCUUUAGCAACAAUGUCUGUUGUUUUCACCUUCAUUUUUGUCCUUGAGGUCACAAUGAAGAUUAUUGCCAUGUCACCUUCUGGCUUCUGGCAAAGCAGAAGAAAUCGGUACGAUCUCUUGGUGACAUCUCUUGGAGUUAUAUGGGUGAUACUUCAUUUCGCCUUACUGAAUGCGUACACAUACAUGAUGGGGGCAUGUGUAAUUGUCUUCAGGUUUUUCUCAAUUUGUGGGAAGCACGUGACGCUCAAAAUGCUACUCCUGACUGUGGUUGUCAGCAUGUACAAGAGUUUCUUCAUCAUAGUGGGAAUGUUCUUACUGCUUCUUUGUUAUGCUUUUGCUGGAGUGGUUUUAUUUGGUACAGUGAAAUAUGGAGAGAACAUUAACAGACAUGCAAAUUUUUCAUCAGCUGGCAAGGCUAUUACUGUACUCUUCAGAAUAGUUACUGGAGAAGACUGGAACAAAAUUAUGCAUGACUGCAUGGUUCAGCCUCCAUUUUGUACGCCAGAUAACAGCACCUACUGGAAAACAGACUGUGGAAAUUACGCUGGUGCUCUUAUGUAUUUCUGUUCAUUUUAUGUCAUCAUUGCAUACAUCAUGCUAAAUUUGCUUGUUGCUAUCAUUGUGGAGAAUUUCUCGUUGUUUUACUCAACUGAAGAAGACCAACUUUUAAGUUAUAAUGAUCUUAGGCAUUUUCAAAUUAUAUGGAACAUGGUUGAUGACAAAAGAGAGGGAGUAAUCCCUACCUUCCGUGUGAAGUUUCUGCUGAGGCUUCUGCGGGGCAGGCUGGAGGUGGAUCUCGACAAGGACAAGCUGCUGUUCAAGCACAUGUGCUACGAAAUGGAACGGCUCCAUAAUGGUGGUGAUGUCACUUUCCAUGACGUGCUCAGCAUGCUUUCAUAUAGGUCUGUUGAUAUCAGAAAAAGUCUUCAACUGGAAGAGCUGCUUGCUAGGGAACAACUGGAAUAUACCAUAGAAGAGGAGGUGGCCAAACAGACCAUACGCAUGUGGCUGAAGAAGUGCUUAAAGCGAAUCAGAGCAAAACAACAGCAGUCCUGCAGCAUUAUCCAUAGUCUACGAGAGAGUCAACAGCAGGAAUUGAGCCGAUUUCUGAAUCCUCCCAGUAUUGAGACAACACAGCCAAGUGAAGAUAUGAAUGCUAUUAAUCAGGAUAACAGUGCACAGCCAGAGACAAGUAGCCAGCAGCAGCUCCUUAGCCCAACACUUUCUGACAGAGGUGGCUAUCGACAAGACUCAGCAGAUGCUGGGAAACCUCAGCGGAAAUUUGGACAAUGGCGUUUGCCAUCAGCCCCCAAACCAAUAAGCCAUUCAGUGUCUUCAGUCAACCUCCGCUUUGGUGGACGUUCAACUAUGAAAUCUGUUGUAUGCAAAAUGAAUCCCAUGUCUGAUGCUGCUUCUUGUGGAUCAGAAGUCAAGAAAUGGUGGACAAGGCAAUUAACUGUGGAGAGUGAUGAGAGUGGAGAGGACCUUCUUGAUAUCUGAGAAAAAUUUAAGUCAUACUGCAACAACAACCACUUCAAGUACAAUCUAAUUUUCUAUGUUUAGAAUUGAAGAUGCUGUGUAAUGUACGAUUUCUUUAAAAUCAAUGUCAUAAAUUUUUUCAAAUGCUUAUCCUUCUGCCAUAUGAAGCAUAGCACACACUUAAAUGUUAGAAUUCACCUCUAUAGGUACUAACUGUACUUUAAGAAAUGUGUAUACAAUAGUAGUGCUAACAAAGCCAGUGAGACUAUAUUGCCUUUAGCAGACAGAGCGUUGAAAGAUUUCAUAUGUUCUGUAGCUACAUAAUGAAAAUGUAUUUUGAUACACACACGUCUGUGUUUUUCUUCAACCUAUACUGUACUUUAAAGUGGCAACACUGUCCAAUACAGGGGUAAUGUACUACUUCUUUUUGUGCUUUCCCUCAGUUCUUACUUAGUAACAUUUCUUUAGAAAGAUUUUAUUAUUCACAAAUGACCUGAAGAGGUCAGCACUGACUUCAUGUUCAAGGGAAGUAUUUUUACAAAGUACAGAUUCUGAAUUACAAAUCUAAGCUUUUUCUGGAUCUUUUUUUAAAAUAUGCAAGAUACAGGAUAACUCAUUUUAAAAUCAGAAGGUGAAGGAUUGGCUUUUAAAAUGUAAAUAUCUUUGGGGUUUGGUUAAUUAUGCAAAGAGCUUGAUUUUCAUAGAGAAAACAGAAAAAAAAAGAAAAAAAAAGACAUGAAAACUGUGCAUUUAAGCAUCCAGCGAAAGACCUCUAUGUGAAAAACAUGGUUUAUGCUUCAUUUUCAGAAUAUACUGGUUACAUAUAUGAAUGGU